GUGAUGUCCUAUCUCCGAGACCGGCCUCUCAUUGCCGAAUGUCUUGGGUUAGCGAUCGGGCUCGCCAUCCCCUCCUGGAUGGCGACCGUUGCCUAUAUAUGAUGAUCGGCUCAGCAUUGCCUCGUCAUCGUAUCAUCAGACAGGCGUCCCACGCCCCGUCCUCAUGUUCAGACAGGCGUCCAACGCCUCGUCCGCAUAUAUUCAGACAGGCGUCCAACGCCUUGUCCCCACAUUCAGACAGGCGUCCAACGCCUCGUCCUCAUAUUCAGACAGGCGCCCAGCGCCUCAUCCUCAUAUUCAGACAGGCGUCCAACGCCUCGUCCUCAUGUUCGGAUCUAGCAAACAUCUUGCGGUCUCCGGCUCAGAGACUAAAGGAUCUCAGAUCUCAUCUAUAGGCCCCUCGGCCACAUCUUGCUCUAGCAUCUUUAUUUGAUGACGAAGGGCUCUCAUACAGGCCCAUCGGCCAUAUAUCUUGCUCCGUCAUCUUUAUUUGAUAACGAGAAGCUCAUCUAUAGGCCCCUCGGCCAUAUACCGCUCUGUCAUCUUUAUUUGAUGACGAAGAGCUCAUCUACAGGCCCAUCGGCCAUAUACCGCUCUGUCAUCUUUAUUUGAUGACGAGGAGCUCAUCUACAGGCCCAUCGGCCAUAUAUUAUUCUGUCAUCUUUAUUUGAUGGAGAAGAGCUCAUCUACAGGCCCAUCGGCCAUAUAUUAUUCUGUCAUCUUUGUUUGAUGACGAAGAGCUCAUCUACAGGCCCAUCGGCCAUAUAUUAUUCUGUCAUCUUUGUUUGAUGACGAAGAGCUCAUCUACAGGCCCAUCGGCCACAUAUCGUUCUGUCAUCUUUAUUUGAUGACGAGGAACUCAUCUAUAGGCCCCUGAGCCAUAUCUCGCCCCGUCGUCUUUAUUUGACGACGUGGAGCUCUUAUGCAGGCCCCUCGGCCAUACAUCGCCCCGUCGUCUUUAUUUGACGAUGUGGAGCUCUUAUCCAGGCCCCUCGGCCACACAUCGCCCCUUCGUCUUUAUUUGACGACGUGGAGCUCUCAUAUAUGCCUCUCGGCCACUACUCCCAGUCAUCUUUAUUUGAUGACGUGGAGCUCACAUCGGCCCAUCGGCCUCAUAUUCUGGUCAUCUUUAUUUGAUGAACCAGACAUCAUAUUAUGGACGGUCGCUCGACCCAUCCCUUAGUCAUCUUUAUUUGAUGACUAGGACUACUGAUCAUGACGAGCUACCCACAUCUAUGGAUCGGCCUCUGCCAUCCCCUCGCUGCAGCUCCACCUCUAGGCCGAAGGGCUCGCACCUUUUGUUUCGUUCUGGGGGCAUCCGAUGUACUCUUUUUCCCUCAUUAGGAUUUUUUCCCACAGGGUUUUUCCUAAUGAGGUUUUUAACGAGGCAUCUCCCCAUUGUGGAUCAAAAGGUGUCAACCCUCGACCCCCUGUUGCAGACAUCAUCAGACAUGCAUUACUCUACUCCUCUUCACCUCGUUACACUCGCCUCAAGGAGUGGGGGACUGGGAGAGCGGGGGACUUAGUGCCUUCGCUACCAAAGAAGCAGAAAUUCAAAAUUUUUGCAAGGAUUGCCACACGCACCGACGACAUCAUCAUCUCACAUACAUAUUCAGCUGCCACAUCGGCCAUUACAUAUACAUAGCUCCCCGGCCUCAGGACCGGUGGUGAUGGUCUCUAGCCUGCGACCUUCGGCUGAGGAUUUUCCCACAGGGUUGCCUCAGCCAGGGCUCACCAGUGGGAUCGGAUCAUCGGCUUGGGAAUCCGGGCGGGGCGCUUCGGUGACGACAGCGGUUUACUCACCAGACGACGACAGAUCAGCACAUAGUUCUACUCUCUUUCGCCUCGAGUACUCUCGACUCAGAGAGUGGGGGACUCCUGAUAGAGUAUAUAGACUCGGACCCCCGGGUCUCACGACUAUUGGGCCCGGACAGCGGCCCACAUACGCUCAGUAGAUAGCAUUUAUCUCAUUGUACACUUUAUUUAUUCAGAUGUAUCCAUUAGAAUAGAUUAGAUAUCAUUUAUUAGCCCUUUAUUAGCCUUUUAUUGUAACUGGGCCAGCCAGGCCCAAGCCUGGAAGCCCAACCCUCUUUUCUCCUAUAAAUACUCCCUAUGGGAGCCAUGUAAAAGAAGGAG